AUGUCGAACUUCGCGCUCAAUCUAGAACUCCCGUGGGUGGAAAAGUACCGCCCCCACAAACUCGACGACAUCGUCGGCAACGAGGAAACCAUCGAGCGCCUCAAACUCAUCGUAAAAGACGGAAACAUGCCCCACAUGAUCAUCCUGGGCCUUCCCGGUAUCGGAAAAACCACCUCCAUCCACUGCUUGGCAUACGAGCUCUUGGGCAAAGACCUCUAUGCGCAGGCGACGUUGGAAUUGAACGCCUCGGACGAUAGAGGCAUCGAUGUAGUCAGGAACAAAAUCAAGCAGUUUGCACAAACGAAGAUUUCGUUGCCGCCGGGCAGACACAAGAUCGUGAUUUUGGACGAGGCGGACUCGAUGACGCCGGGCGCGCAGCAGGCGUUGCGGCGCACGAUGGAGUUGUACUCCAACACGACGCGGUUUGCGUUUGCGUGCAACCAGCUGUCGAAAAUCAUCGAGCCGCUCCAGUCGCGGUGUGCCAUCUUGCGCUACAACAAGCUCGCGGACGACCAGGUGUUGCUGCGGUUGCUCGAGAUCGCCAAGUUGGAGCAGGUCAAGUAUAACUCGGAGGGCAUCAAGGCGCUUAUAUUCACCGCGGAGGGCGACAUGCGCCAGGCCAUCAACAACUUGCAGAGCACGGUGGCCGGGUUUGGCUUUGUAGACGACGUCAAUGUGUUUAAGAUUGUAGACCAGCCGCAUCCGUUCGUCAUCAAGAAGAUCUUGAGCUUGUGCCUCUUGGACGACAACAUCGACGGCGCCAUCGACUUGUUGGAUACGUUGUGGCACAAGGGCUACUCGUCCAUCGAUAUUGUGACGCUGUCGUUCAAGGUGGCCAAGACGUUGCCUGGCAUUCUGGAGCUGGCGCGGUUGGACGUCAUCAAGGAGAUCGGUUUCGUGCACAUGCGUGUUUUGGAGGGUGUGCUGACGUAUUUGCAGUUGUGCGGCAUGUUGGCCAAGUUGGCGCUUGUCGCCAAGUAG